UGAUACAUUGAAGCACUAUUCUGAAAUCAGUUCGUCGAUACAGUGACUGAUAUAUUUCUUAUAGAACUGAGAUAAAUCUGAGAAAAUGAAGGGAAAAAGUUUGAGUUAUUUCAUACUGUUUCUCUCUUGCUUUUACCAAUGCCAAGCAAUCGCCGACGUGAAACUUAGUGUAUAUUAUAAUACUCUCAGUCCGGAAGUCAAAGACUUCUUCAACGUGCAAGUUCGAAAACUCUACAAUAAUUUGGCACCGUCCUUCAGUCUCGAGUUGGUACCGAAUGGAUUAUGCGGU